AUGGAUGAAGAGGCCAGGAAAAAACAUUGUCAUCUCUUAAUGUUUGACGUUCCUGAAUAUGGGCAAGACGCGAUUUCUAUUAACGAAAAUAUUAAUAUCAAUGAAAUUGAUAAUCCUCAUCAUUUCGCUUACUAUGAUAACGGUUCUAUGUUUAAACGUACCGUAGAACCUCUUAAUCAUGUUCAUAACAUAAUUGAACCAUCUGCUCUUGAUGUUUCCAAUUCAUCUGAAAAACCAAGAGCUCGUAAACCAAAAAGAACUCCUAGACCACCAAAUGCUUUCAUUUUAUAUAGAAAAAAUAAGCAACCUGAUGUAGUUGCUCAAAAUAAAAAUUUAACUAACGCUGAAGUAUCCAAAGUUAUUUCUAAAAUGUGGUGGAAAGAAACUGAAGAAAUAAGAUUUCAAUGGGAAAAACUUGCUGAUAGAAUGAAACUUAAACAUAUGCAAGAUCAUCCUGAUUAUGUGUAUCAACCAAAGAAAUCUGGUACCAAGAAGCCACGUAAAUUAACAAAAGCAAUGAUUACCGCAAUAGCUGAAUCUGCUUUUGCCGAAAGUAAAUCUUCUCCUCCAUCAUUUCUUUAUCCGGUGACUCCAAACUCACCUUCUUCAUCUUUUCCUUCACCUCCACUUUCUGAACGUUCAUCAAAUCAAUCUUCUACCGUUCAUACUCCAUCUUCUCCAAUUACUGCUCCUCCAAUUAUUACUACUCAAAGCAUUAAUAAUCCAUCCAUGAAUCAAAGAAUACAUAAUUCUCAUAAUACACAUAAUCAAUUAAUAUAUUCUCAACAACUUCCUCCAACUCCAGAAAUGGUUCAUUAUGAAUUAACUCCUCAAUAUUUGUUACCAACUUCCGAAAAUUUUAUGACUAUUGAUCCAAUUUUAUCUGGUACACCAAAUAAUACAUAUGUACAUAUGCAACAUUUUGGUAAUAUAGAAACCAAUACAACAAAAUCUUUCUUUAAUACAUCAACUCAUAAUUUAGAUACUUUUUUAGAUCCUCAACCAGUAGAUAAAUUUCAAUAUUUUGUUCAAGAAGAAUUAUUUAGUAGUAGUAAUACAGUUACAGCUAAUUCAACUCCUGAUGUUGAUGAUAUGGACGCUUAUUUUGACGAACCUUGUUCGUCUCAACAUCAUUUUCAAAAUAUUCAUUUUUCUAGGAGAAGUAGUUUCGCUAGUAUGAGUUGA